CUUUCUAAUAGCAUGAGCUUGACUAUUCUUUCAUCACGACAACAUCCUUCACUUAAGGCAAGUGAUUGAUUGCCAUACAAAUAGAACAAAAUAAGUAUACGCUCCAAAUGUUAUCUUAUACACGUUUAAGAUAAGAACAUUAUCGUAUGAUUGAACUACUCUGGACAUACACAUCAAACGACCUGCUUUCAAACAGCCAAAUUUAUUUUGACUCGGGGCCGUCUUGUUGCCAGCGGUUUCACACGCUUUUCCGGCCUCAGUGCAAGAUUAUGUUGAUUGUAUGUGCAGUGUUAGCAUUCGCGUCGUUUUUGCCUCUUGUUGAGAAUGCUGGUUCUAGCAAGAAGGGAAUCGGCGCCGCCGCGGCUACUUUGAAGUGCGAUGAUUUCCGUGUGCUGAAUAACAUAUCCUGGUGGUACGAUUGGACACAACAUUUCCAACAGCUGACCAAUCAUUGCAAUGCCUCUAACUUGCACGCGCCCGAAUUCGUGCCCAUGGUGAGAGUCCUGCAUAGCAACGAAACCGCUCAAAACAUCCACAUUCCGCCUGGCUCGCACUUCGUACUGGGAUACAACGAGCCCGACCUUGUCACUCUCAAUAACAUGACGCCCCAGGAGGCCGCCAUGUACUGGCCUAUGGUCGAGAAGGCGGCCGUCGGAAUUCCACUUGUGGCUCCCGUGCCGUAUAAACAUGACUUCGUGUGGCUUGAUCAGUUCUUCCAGCAUUGUAAUGGAUGUCGGAUCGACUAUGUCGCUGCCCAUACUUACUUUUGUAAUGCUAACCAAGUCAUGGCGCAUUUGAAGGCGUUAUACAACCGCUUCCACAAAAAUGUGUGCCUGACCGAGUUCGCCUGACCUCACACUCCCGACGAGCACGUGCAGUUGGUCUCAUGAGGACGUUGUUGCCACAACUGGAGGCGGCUGAUUUCGUUUAUCUGUUUUGAUCCUUACAUGUGUUGCUAUUUAAGAAAAAAUAUACUAUUUUCAUUUAACGAUAAGCAAAUGUAUCUAUGUGAUAUUAUUGUUUAGUAUGCAUUAUGCAAAUACAUCAUAGUUAAAUAUAUAUGAACAGCAAGUAUGCAUAGGUAUGGAUUUUUUUGUUUUCAGUAUACGUAAAUUCAUUUAAUAUGUUAAAGGCAAAUGUGUGUAAUAUUUUGCAUAGCUUGCUAGCUGAUUUUAGUAAAUAUAUAGUGGACGAUACUAUGUUAUACGGCACAAAUAUCACCAAUUAUAAUGAGUAAAUAAGUGACUUACAAAUAUGUGUUGACAUUGCGCAGUUUAGGAGUUUGUCUACUUUUGAUAUGUCUUUAUGUAUGUUCACGCACAGCUACUCCUGAUUCGAAGGAAGAAUAAAGAAAGAUAACCAAACUGGGUUUGUCCGCCAGUCUGCAAGUCUGUUGCAUAGCAACGGCUCUUCUUUGACCACGAUUGGUCAAUUCUACAACAGCUUCCAGCCGGACGGCCAUGGCACUUUAAUCGUUGGAUAAAUUGUUAUCCGAAAUAAGUUUCUGAAUUUGUUUUUGUUGUUGUUAUUUAAUCCGAUCAUAUGGCGUUAUUUGGUUUUAGACAGAAUAAAUGUCGUUGUUUUUCA